AUGACAACCACAACUACACCGGCCGCCGAACAAGUCUCGUUACUACCGGAGGACACCAUCUUCGAGAUCCUAUCCUGGCUGCCGGCGAAGUCCCUGUGCCGAUCCCGGUGUGUGUCCAAGAAGUGGCACACCCUCGUCUCCAACCAGGCCUUCGUCGCCGUGCACAGUUCCCGCGCCGAAGCGCUCCUCGUCACCGUUACCACCGGCAGAGCCCCCUUUAUGGCUGUAGCGGUGCUGCGGCUCAUGGACAUGGAGGGCAACGUGGUGAGGGUGGUGAAAACCCAUGGUGUGUUCCGGAGUUUCUGCCUGAGCUUCGAUGGCCUCGCAUGUCUCCUCUUUGGCCCCCAAUGUGAUACCAAGGCCCAGGUGAUUGAUCUAGCCACCGGGAAGGUCCUCGUGUCUAGCUAUAAACGGCCCAAGUGUGCGGGCAGGUGGGUAGACAAAUGCUCUGGCUUCGGACGCACCGCCCAGUCUGGCGUGCACAAGAUCUUCGGCGUCAUCCUCGAGUCGGCGAUAACCGGCCUCUAUAAUUGUGUGGUUCUCACGGUAGGAGACGACGACGCCGAGUGGAGGCCCACGCAGCCGCCCCCAUACUCAAUCUCUGCCGUCUACGAUGGCUACAACGAAGGGGUCACCUUCAACGGCUACGUGCACUUCUUAUCCCUGGACGAGGACAUCGUGAUCGUGAUCUGCUUCGACCUCGAGACAGAGGGGUGGAAGGUGAUCCAAGGACCACCAGAUGUAUCCAGCCACACGUCGGGAGACAAGAUCAGCAUCGCCGAGCUCAACGGAGCCUUGUGCGUGGUCCGAAAUACGCCGGCUGUCAUUUCUCUAUGGCUCUUGGCCGAUCCUAGUGGUAGGGAGAAUUGGGUCAAGACUUACACGAUCCGGAAGGGUUAUACGCCCAUCUAUCUCCUGAUUCCGUUGAGAAUCAUACACCCUAGCGGGAAGCUGCUCUUCUGCCAUUUCUAUGACGAUUUGACGAUGGCGCCCGAAAUACAAAUGUAUGAUCCUAGUUACGAGACAUGCACGGUUGUGAUCAACACGCCGACCGAACUCGUUGGCAGGAUCAGACUUUGCAGUUCCCACACAGAUCCUAGAUGUUUUUUCUCAAAAAGGAAGCGCAAACCUCCCGGCCUCUGCAUCUUCGAAACAUAA